AUGAAAUUAGUAUCGAGACGGAGCUUUGCUCUCAUUCUGAUCAGUGCCGUCGUUCAGAGCAAGUUGAAAGGAGGUGCAGGCCCUCCUGACCCAUCGGGAUAUUCCAACGAUGAAAACUUCAGCAAGUCCGCUUGGGCUGCCAUCAUCUCUAACUCGGCGUCCAAGGUCCCAAUCCUGAGCAGCACUGGCAAGGACUCUUCGGCAUGA